AUGCAACAAAGUUCGCAGGAUGAAACUGAAACAUCUACUAAACCCAAAUUUAACGAAAACCUUAAAUCAGCUUUUAAACAUGUUGGAGGGGUCGCGGCUAACAGUGAGCUAAGUGUUGCCGUUGGAAUUGAUAUCUUGGAGCAGGGUGGAUCUGCAGCAGAUUCGGCUAUAGCCACCUUACUCAUGGACGGCAUAUGCAACCCGCAGAGCAUGGGUUUGGGUGGGGGAUUUUUGUGCACCCAUUACCAACAAAAUUCCGCUACGGUCGAAUGCUUAAAUGCUAGAGAGUACGCGCCUAUAAGAGCCAAAGGAGACCUAUUUGAUAAUCUAUUUCCUAUAGUUGGCGGCCUGUCUGUGUGCGUACCAGGGGAACUACAGGGCUACUGGGAUUUACACCAGAAGUACGGUAAACUGGAGUGGGGCAAGGUUUUGGAACCGGCCAUUUUUUACUGCAAAAACGGAAUACCAAUAUCGAAAUAUUGCGGAUCUUUUAUCGAAAGUCGUAGAUCGCAGAUUAUGGAAUCCCCCACACUUAAGUACUACACCCACAGAGUGACCACAUCCAUGGUACAAGAAAACAAGAAACAUGUUUCUAAAAGACAACGGCGAACUUAUAGGACACGGUGA